UGCUACACUGUAACAACACUUCCGACUUGCUGUCUCUCUCUUGCUUGCCGAGCCCUGAAACUAGCAAGCUUUUGGACGACCAGUGUUAACUGUAAUUUUAACAGUAAGUCCUUUCGUGAGUUAUCGACAAAAGGCAGGCAAACAUCAAUAUGCCUCCAAAGAAGUCAGACGCACCCAAACAGCCCCCUUUGAUCGGACGUUUUGGGACUUCACUAAAAAUCGGAAUCGUAGGAAUACCAAAUGUUGGGAAGUCAACGUUCUUCAACGUGCUGACCAAAAGCCAGGCAGCUGCUGAAAACUUUCCUUUCUGCACCAUCGACCCCAAUGAGAGCAGAGUGCCCAUUCCUGAUGAACGUUAUGAUUACCUUUGUCAGUUCCACAAACCACUCAGUAAGGUACCAGCAUUUCUAAAUGUGGUGGAUAUUGCUGGCCUGGUGAAAGGAGCGCACGCAGGGCAGGGCUUGGGCAAUGCCUUCCUGUCUCACAUCAGCGCUUGUGACGGCAUCUUCCACAUGACCCGUGCAUUCGAUGACGACGAUAUCAUACACGUGGAAGGCAGCAUUGAUCCAGUGAGAGACAUCGAGAUCAUCCAUGAGGAGCUGAGGCUGAAGGACGAGGAGAUGAUUGGUCCGGCCCUAGACAAACUGGAGAAGACGGCUGUCCGGGGAGGGGACAAAAAACUCAAACCAGAAUACGACAUCAUGAUCAAGGUGAGGCAGUGGGUGUCGGAGGAGAAGAAACACGUCCGAUUCUACGGCGAAUGGAAUGAAAAGGAGAUUGAUGUGCUGAAUAAAUACCUGUUCCUGACAUCCAAGCCUAUGAUCUACCUGGUUAAUCUUUCAGAGAAAGACUACAUUAGGAAAAAGAACAAGUGGCUGGCAAAGAUCAAGGAAUGGGUAGAUGCCCAUGACCCAGGCGCCCUGGUCAUCCCUGUGAGUGGAGCGCUGGAGAGCAAGCUGCAAGAAAUGAGUGACGAGGAGAAGGAGAAAUACUGCCAGGAGCAGAAGACCCAGAGUGUGAUGACCAAGAUCAUCAAGGCUGGCUAUGCAGCGCUGCAGCUGGAGUACUUCUUCACCGCAGGACCUGACGAGGUGCGAGCCUGGACCGUCAGGAAAGGCACCAGGGCACCUCAGGCAGCGGGGAAGAUCCACACAGACUUUGAGAAAGGCUUCAUCAUGGCCGAGGUCAUGAAGUAUGACGACUUCAAGGAGGAGGGCACUGAGAACGCUGUCAAGUCUGCUGGCAAAUACAGGCAGCUGGGCAGGAACUACGUUGUGGAGGAUGGAGACAUUAUCUUUUUCAAAUUUAACACACCCAACGCACCCAAGAAGAAGUGAUGAGACCAGAUGGUUGUUCCAGCAGGUUCAGCCCAGUCCUGCUCUGGAGGGUCACAGUGUCUGCUGAUUUUUCUUCCUUCCUUCUCUCUCUUGUAUGGGUCAAAUCAACUGUUUCAGCCCAGGGACUCAUUUAGUCAAGCUGUUAAAGUGUUCAUAGCACAAAUGACAGAGAAGUAACAGAACAGAGUACAUACGAUUGUUUGCGGUGAUGUGCAUGUCAAACAUUCUACUCUAAAAGCAUUCUCAAUAUGUACAUUCUGAUCUGACAUCUUCUGUGCAUUUCUGCCAUCUAUGAAUGUUGCAAGAAUGAAAUUAAUCACACACUAUGACCCUAAAGACCUGGACUGGAAGAAGUUUUUUUUAUUUUUAGACAUUUCUCAUGAUGCCUGAGAAACCAGAAUUCUGACUGCUUCAUAUUUUUGGGGGUGUGUGGCUUUGGGACGUAUUGGAACCCCUUCUUUAGUUGUCUUGUCAGCUUAUCAUCCAUGCACACAACCUAAAUACAAGACAUAACAUCAUUGUGAAUAAGCACAUUUAUAUCCAGAUUCUCUGACCAGGACCUGUAGUUCUGGAUGCUUCCUUUUCCUUGUGCUUCAUCCUCACUGACUUUUCCAAGGUAUUAAUAUAAAAGCAAACUGACCAGUGGCCAUUGUAACAACCAGAAUUAUCAAUUCAUGUGUCAUGUUCUUAAAUAAGUAGGCACUUCUUUGAGAAUGCAUGCACUGCAGCUGUGUCCACAAUAAAUCAAGACAAACCAGA